CCUUUUGGUUGCACCUGCUGCCUCUUUAUUCAGGAGAAACAGAAUUCCAGCACUGAGGGAGCAUCCUCCAGGCAUCAUGGCUUUGUUAACUGAUGCUGAUAAGAAGAAUAUCCAACACAUCUGGGCAAAGUUAUUUGAGAAUCCAGAAGAGAAUGGCAAAACAGUUGUGAUCAAACUCUUCAAAGAUUAUCCUGAGACAAAAGCAUACUUCAAGACCAUCCCGACUGAAGGCAACCUGCAGGAGGAUCCGCUGGUGCGUUUCCAUGGCCGGAGAGUCAUGGUUGCCCUCAACCAGGUGGUUGAAAACCUGGACAAUUGGAAGCAGGCCUGCAGGAUUCUGGACCGUCUAGCAGACAAGCACAAGAAUGUGCACCAAGUGCCAGCAGUGAAUUUCCAGGUACUGAUGCACGCAGACAUCAGGAAACGUGUUUGUUUAGGGAUUACAGCUAUUUGUUCUGGCACAGGGGACAGAUCAGUAUCCCAGAGGCAUAAUUAUAUAUGUUUACACAUUCUAACAUGGUUGUCAAAAAGCAGGAGGUUAGCAUAGGCAUGUGCAAUAAGCGUUAGAGUUAAUAAAGCACCCACACCAUGCAAGUUCAAUUGUUUGUGCGAUCAAAUGGAAAAUGAGAUCACAGACGUUUAUUACAAUAAUCCCCAGAGGCCUCAACCAAGAUCAGGACCUUGUUGUGCUGGACUAUGUACAUAAAUACAGUAAUAAACAGUCUUCGCCCCAGAAAGCUUACAGCCCCCCCGCCACAAGAUAAACAAAGAAGGGAUAGCCCCUAUGUUACAGAGAGGUAACUUGGAUGAUAAGUGACUUUCCCCAAAUCACAUCAGGAGUCUGUGGCAA